ACAGGGGAGAACAUUUGGAGUGGAUCACAAGGCUAAAAUGGUAAGAUUAGAUUUAAUAAAUACCAUAAUUAUUCCGUAGCAAAAUACCAGAAAAGCAGAACGUCCGGUCGUCGUCGAAGAAAAUUAAUUGAUCCCAGUUGCCGUGUUUGACCUCUAAAACCACAAGAAUACUUAAAACACAGACGCAGGCUCUCUUUCGCUCUCUCGCUCUCUCUUUACAUUCAGAAUAACAGAGAGAGAGAGAGAGAGAGAUGAUAAAAUUUCAUAGCCAAAAACUAAAGGAAGAGAUAGCUUUCUUGUUUUCUUUUCAUCACUGUCUCUCCACUCGAAUUUUCUCGCCCGAACGCUAACAUUUUCCGGGAAACAAGAGAGAGGAAAGAAAAUAAGCAGAGAUGAGAGACGUGAAUGGAGAGUCGAGAGCUGCAAACAAUACUCUAGAGACUAUAAACGCUGCCGCUACAGCGAUCGCCUCUGCUGAGAACCGUGUGCCUCAAGCUACGGUUCAGGUAAAGCGAAGAUGGAGAAGCCGCUGGAGCAUGUAUUGGUGUUUUGGAUAUCAGAAGCACAAAAGCCAAAUUGGGCAUGCUGUCCUUUUUCCUGAACCACCAGCUCCUGGAAGCGGUGCUCCUGCUGCUGAAAAUUCAGCCCAAGCACCAGAAGUCACGUUCCCCUUUGUUGCACCUCCCUCCUCCCCUGCCUCUUUCUUUCAAUCAGAACCCCCUUCUGUUACACAAUCACCGGCAGGUUUAGUGUCCCGCACCUCUAUAUCUGCUAGCAUGUACUCUCCCAGUGGGCCUGCCUCUAUUUUUGCUAUUGGUCCUUAUGCCCAUGAAACCCAGUUAGUCUCACCACCUGUGUUCUCAACUUUCACCACUGAACCAUCAACUGCUCCUUUCACUCCUCCUCCCGAGUCUGUCCACUUGACUACACCUUCCUCGCCAGAGGUGCCUUUCGCUCAAUUCAUUGACCCUACGGCUACCCUGCGAAAUGGUGUUACUGGUUUGAGAUUCCCAUUUGAUUUUCAGUCCUAUCAGUUUCAUCCUGGAAGCUCAGGUGGCCAACUCAUUUCACCUAGCUCUGGCGUUUCAGGCUCAGGCACAUCAUCUCCUUUCCCUGAUGGUGAAUUUGCUGUUGGUGGUCCUCACUUUCCUGAAUUCCGAAUGGGUGAACCUCCAAAGCUCUUGAACCUUGAUAAGCUUUCCACCCGUGAAUGGGGAUCCUAUCAAGAUUCAGGGGCUCUGACUCCAGAUUCUGUGAGGCACGGAUCGCCCAACUUUCUCCUGUGUCGUCAGUUUUCUGAUGUUGCUUCACAUCCUCAUUCAGAAAAUGGACACGAUGAUGAUCAUGUUGUUAAUCAUAGAUUCUCUUUCGAGUUAAGUGUCGAAGAUGCCUCAAGAUGUGUGGAAGAGAAGCCAGCGUGUUCUAUUAAAACAGUGCCGGAAUACGUGGAAAAUGGAACAAAAGCUAAAGAAGAAGAGAAUUAUGUUGAAUUGAUACAAAGCUUUGAGCGUCGAUCUGGUGACACUUCUAAUGAUACACCAGAGACACCUUCAACAGAUGGGGAGGCACCACAGCAUCGAAAGCAACAGCCCAUCACUCUUGGCUCUGUUAAUGAAUUUAACUUUGACAAUGCUGAUGGAGGAGAUUCACGCAAACCUAGUAGUUCGAACUGGUGGGCUCAUGGAAGUGUUAUUGGGAAGGAGGGUGAAACAACCAAGAACUGGUCCUUCUUCUCUAUGGUGCAGUCAGAUGUUCGCUAGCUGGUGCAUAAAUAGCCCUCUACAUUCCUACUUUGUGGAGCCAUGAAAGAUUUUGGUUGCUGAAACCAAGCGCCAUACUUACUGAAGCCAAUUGUAGUGAUUUUUUCAUCUGCCGUGGAAGGAAGGUAGACUUACCCUUAAAUGAAGGCGGUUUUUGAGUCCUUCGAGACAUGAAAACAGGGGCAGAUGUUAGUUUUUUGGGGGUUUUUUAAGCAUGAAUAGUGUAUCAUAUACAGAAUUAAUAAAGAUUAUGUCAUCCUUAGUUAGAAA